UCCAUUUUCUUUUGGGGGUGGGGUCGGGUUGGGGACCUGGAGACUGGGUAGACCCAUCUCGAGAAUUCGAGAAGGAUGAAAACCCCAAUGCCAACCUCUCGUAGGAUCCGAAUGUCUGAUGAAGUGAGGCGUUAUUAAAAUUUGAUAUCUUUGUUCUGUAUAGCUCGACCGAGGGCAGGGGGUUCGUUCCAAAGAAAGUCUCACCAAUUUUGGUGCUGCAGAUCGAUCACUCAUGGCUGUAAAUCCCCAACUCUUCCCAAACGGGAUGCCGGUUCCUUUUGUGAACGAGAUCUUUGUUUUGGCCCGAGACGGGGUUGAAUUUGAGAUCGAUAAGAUCCCCGGAACUCAUGGGGGGAAUGUCUGUGCCAAGGGGACAAUCUAUUUGUCAAAUGUGCGUAUGGUCUUUGUUGCAAAUAAACCUGUUGGGGGCUUCACUGCUUUUGAUAUGCCACUGCUUCAUGUGCAUGUUGAAAAAUUUAACCAGCCUAUAUUCUUCUGCAACAAUAUAUCAGGACUUGUGGAGCCGGUUGUGCCAGAGGACCAGCAUAGAGCCCUCUAUUCCACUCAUUCUUUCAAGAUCUAUUUUAAGGAAGGGGGCUGCGGAACCUUUGUUCCACUGUUUUUCAACUUGAUUGCUUCUGUGAGACAAUAUAAUCAACACAUUUCUCAGUCUGGUUCUGAGGUUCCUCGAGUGGAUCCCCUACAAGCGGCUCAAACACCAGUUGACGAAAUGAUGAGACAUGCGUAUGUUGAUCCAAAUGACCCUACAAGAAUAUUCCUACAACAGCCUAAUCGUGAAUCUCAACUGAGGCGCCGGACUUACCAAUCACAACCUGCGGAAAAUUUGGCAUGAUCUGGUAUUAGUUGGUGUUCCGUCUCUGGAUGCCGUGUAACAACUAGUCUUUUCAUUGCAUUUUGUGACUGGUCUCUAGUUGUUCCUCCAUUAAGUGUCGUAAUAAUAAUUGCAGUCUCUAGAAUUUGGUGGAGGGACAGUAUCGGUGCAAAAGCUGGUCUCCUUAGUUCUUUAUUCCUAUCGAAUUGUCGUGAUUACCACGCCAGUCUUUCACGCAUAUGAUAGGAAUGGUUGCUGGACAUACAUAAAUAAAUAAAGGCCAAAAGAUUAGCGCAA